UGUAUGUGAAAUGGUUUGAUACAGUAAAUGUUUUACUAUGUGAUUUUAGUGAAUGUCACUUUUUGUCAUUUUCAAAUUUCCCGCCCUUCCUUCCCCGUACACCCUGACGCUAGCAGGGGACAGAACCCAGAUGACAGAUGCCAGCAUCCGCCUGAUUACAUUGCCGGGGACACUGCAGGAGGAACAUCGCGGGAGCGCAGGACAAGGUAAGUGAUUGAGAGAUCCCGGAACAGCGCUGCAUGGUAAGCCUGAGUGUAGCUCGGGGUUACCGCUUGUGCUACACUCGGGAAUACCACCAGGGAGGUUAAG